CUCAGCUACAAGAUGCCGCCUCCGAACCUGCUAUAUCUUCGGCGAAUACCACAUAUUUUGCGGCAGAUGCUGGUCCUCCGAAGCCGAACUACAAAUGCCGCUUCAUCCUGAGCGGACAUACCAUGUCUAUAUCGUCUGUUGAGUUCAGCCCGGAUGGCAAAGUGCUUGCUUCAGCCGCGGCCGAUAAGCUUGUCAAACUAUGGGACACUGCGACUGGGGAGAUUAUCAAGACGCUCGUAGGACACACCGAAGGUAUCUCCGACGUAUCCUGGUCUCCUGACGGCGAAUUCCUCGCGUCUGCGUCUGACGACAAAACCAUCCGGAUAUGGAGUCUGGAGACAGGCUUGACGGCGAAGGUCUUGCUGGGGCAUACGAACUUCGUGUUCUGCGCGAGCUUCAAUCCCAAGUCAAAUCUCCUCGUUUCCGGGGGAUUUGACGAAACUGUUCGUAUAUGGGAUAUCGCUCGAGGAAAGUCCAUCAAGGUUCUCCCGGCGCAUUCAGACCCUGUCACCGCUGUGGGUUUCAGUCACGACGGGACACUCAUAGUUUCGUGCGCCAUGGACGGCUUGAUACGUGUAUGGGAUACCAAUUCCGGCCAAUGCCUCAAGACCAUCGUAGACGACGACAACCCCAUCUGCUCGCACGUUCGGUUUUCGCCUAACUCGAAGUUCAUUCUCGCUUCGACGCAAGACUCCACCAUUCGGCUAUGGAACUACCAGACCGGACGAUGCGUCAAGACAUAUACGGGCCACACAAAUCGGACCUAUUGCAUCUUCGCGUGCUUCGUGACGACGCCCAACGCGAAGUAUGUCGUCAGUGGCAGCGAAGACGGCAAGUUAUACAUAUGGGACUUGCAGACAAGACAAGUGUUACAGACGUUGGAGGGCCACAGAGACGUUGUCUUGGCUGUGGCGACCAACUCUGCCCAAAAUAUGAUCGCCUCGGCCUCGCUGGAGAAGGAUCUCACAAUCCGUUUAUGGUACAACGAUUCGUCGUAGUUAC